UUCGCAAAGGAAGUAAAGAUAAUUUCAGUGCAAAAUGAGUGGCGGUUUAGCUCCGAGUAAAAGCACUGUCUACAUUUCUAACCUACCUUUUUCGCUGACUAAUAGCGACUUGCACAAGUUAUGCACGAAAUAUGGCAAAGUCGUUAAGGUGACUAUUGUCAAAGACAAACACACGCGGCAGAGCAAAGGUGUCGCGUUUGUGCUGUUCCUGGACCGAGAGUCAGCGCAUAACUGCUCCCGGUCCCUGAACCACAAGGAGCUGUUCGGCAGGACGGUGAAGGCCAGCAUCGCUGUAGACAACGGAAGAGCUGCGGAGUUUAUCCGGAGGAGAAACUACACCGACAAGUCCAAGUGUUACGAGUGCGGCGAAGACGGUCACCUGAGCUACUCCUGCCCAAAGAAUCUGCUCGGAGAAAGAGAGCCUCCACCGAAAAAGGACAAGAAAAAGAAAAAGAAGACGAAGAACGUUGACGAGGUUGAGCCCGAGGAAAGCGAAGAUGAAGGAGAAGACCCCGCGCUGGACAGUUUAAGCCAGGCCAUUGCUUUCCAACAAGCACGAAUGGAAGAGGAGGAAAAGCGAAGAAAGCAGGGCGCAGGAGACCCGAGCCACACUUCCACAUCAUCGGAUAGCUUGCACAAACCCAGGAUCAAAAAGAGCACAUACUUCAGUGAUGAGGAAGAGCUCAGCGACUGAUGAUGUACGAUCUUUAUCAAAGAUUACAGGACUUAUGGGUUAAAAUAUCUUGUGAGACUUAAGAAAAGAGCAUGCUACAAAUAAAACAGUCUCCUGGUGUUUGGAACGAUGUAGGAACUGAUGCUGCAUUGACAUCUUUACAGACGUUGUGGUCAUUCUAUACAGCCAUUCAGAUUUGUUUUACAUUUAAAAUACUGGUAAUGGUUUCACUCGUUGUAUUUUUACACUGUGUAAAUAGUCAAGAACGUCCACUAAUUAGUACAGAAUGAUUCCAUAAUAGAAAUCCUCCCUGUGUAAAUAAAGACUGUUACCAGUUUGUGUGGAUAACUGGAGUUGUAAUGAAUGGUGAGCUCUUAUGAAGAGAGCUGAAUACUUAAUUUGGCAAUGUAAAUGUUUAGUUAAAAAUAAUAGAGGUUUUAAAAUGAUCUUUAACAUUAAAAUGAUUAUAUUACA